GAUUUGUUUACAACCGGUCUGUCACACGUGCUUUUAAUCUGUCAGUCGUCUGGCUUUUCCACUGUAUUAGUUUUCGCCUGCAAUAUAAUAUGUUAUGUUGUAUACGGGAGGUUUGUUGAGGACAAGGAUUACAUAACUAUGAUAACAUAUCAGCCACUUCCUACAGCUUGAUCUACAGGCUAUUGACAAACUAUGUGAAUAGAAGAUUGGAUAUGGCUGUUGUCUGCAAAAAUGAACAUGGUUGGGUUGUAGACCACAAGCAAUAUUUAGACCAGACCUACUGUCGAAGGAAUACCCAGCCAUAUGAAGGAGUCCUGACAUCCUUUCAAUUCCAGGCUGAUCUUUUUAAUAUAAAAUGUCCUUUUAUGAUGGACAGCCAAUUUGAGGUCACACAAGAGAGUCACAGUCACAUGGGGGCAACAGGCGAACUGGAGUCAAGUGUAAAGAGAAAAAGAAAAAGAAAAAGGAAAGCCGAGCUGAACUAUGGUGAAGUGAAAGCUGCAGAAUAUCAUGAUCAGAUCAAGGAUCAAGUACUAACAGCCGUCAAUACAUUGCUGGAACUGGGGAAAGAAGUUGGCUAUUUUCCUACUGAAAAGAAUUUACAGGAUUUAGACAACAAUGUGAGAGCACGGGCUGCAGUGAAAUCACUUGGAGAGACUGAUAUUUGUACAGAAGAAUCCUGUUACCAUGGUGAUUUCCCCAGCAUCAAGGACCAGCAGGGGAUAAUCUUGAAACAUAAUGAUGAUGUAACGAUGAGCAGCAUUGUAAACAGACCUGUUCGUUACCCGCGUGAUGACCCUGCUGUGGUCAGUGUGGACAAUGACCUCUACCUACUGCCACCAAGAUGUUCUUUCCUUUUGUCGGACUUCAGCCGUGUCAACUUACUUCAGACAAGCACAGAAUUUCCCAGAUUUGAUAUGAUUGUGAUGGAUCCUCCAUGGCAAAAUAAAUCUGUAAAGAGACUAAAAAAGUACUACAGUAUGAGUAAUGAAGACUUACUAGACAUUCCUAUUCCUAGGCUAGGGACUGAUAACUCCCUUGUGGUGGUAUGGGUCACCAACAGGUGGCAGCACAUUCAGUUCGUCAAGGAUACACUGUUCCCUAGAUGGUCAGUUCAGUUUCUGGCUGAAUGGCACUGGGUCAAGGUCACUAAAGCAUGUGAGAUGGUCUAUACAUUUGACUCUCCACACCGGAAGCCUUAUGAAGUCCUCAUCAUCGGUAGCUGCAGGAAACCAAAAACUGAGACAAAUUCUGAGGGUAUUGAUGAAGAGACAGUUUCACAGGAGAGAGCAACCUCACAGAUCCCCGUCAGUAAGGUCAUUGUCAGCAUUCCCUGCUGUAUCCAUUCUGUCAAACCUCCACUACAAGAGGUGAUGAAGGAAUAUCUUCCACCAAACCCUCACUGUUUGGAACUGUUUGCCAGAAACCUCACUCCUGACUGGACCAGCUGGGGUAACCAGGUUCUAAAGCACCAGCAUAAAAUCUACUUUGAUGCCGUAACUUGAUGUCAUAUGUUGGUGGAUGUUUGCAGAAAACUUAAUCAUCUCACUAUAGGAGAAAGACUUGGAUGUCAUGCAUGGUUGUAUGCCUAUAGGAGAAAGACUUGGAUAUCAUGCAUGGUUGUACGCCUAUAGGAGAAAGACUUGCAUGUUUGUGUGCCAACUAAGAUGCUUGGAUGCUAUCAAUGGUUGAGCUGGUAGAUUACGUCACAGGGGACAGUUUUCCCUCACCAAGAGAAAAAUAUUUUGAUAAAGUGUCACUUGACAUAUAUUAAUACAUGCUGUUUUGCAAUUUAUUCCUAUCCCAGUAAGAGAAGUAAUUUGAAGCCAUCAGCUAAUGCUGUGCUCAUCUACACGAGAUGCAAUGUUCUCCUGACUUAAGAACUUUCAGUCUGCUAUCAACUGUGUCAGCUAGCUGAUACUUGGUAAUUAGACAGAAUAUUACACCAGUAUAUUACUGAUGCGUAAAGAGAACAUAAUCAAUGUAGUUGAUUUGAUAUGCUAAAACAUCUCCAUAAUAAUGUAGAUUAUCAAAUGGAUUUUAUCUUUUGUACAUGUACUGGGUUGUUAUGUAAACUGAUUUUUUAUUAUUAUAAAUUAACCAAUAAUUCUCUUAUUAAAAAACUGAAAAUAUUAUCAAUGAUUGAGUACAAUUCUUUACCCUUUGUUGUGGAAUUCUUUAAACUUUAUCAAGACAGAUUAGUAUUUAUGAUUCUCAUACUGGUAGAUAGAAAACCAUAUAUUUUUGAAUUUCUGGAACUGCCCUCACCCAAGGAUCUUUUUUGUAUAUUUUUUCAAUCCCAUCAUAUCAUCAAAAUUGUUGGAUCAUGAACAGAGGUAACAACAUCUGUCUAAAAUGUAUAUUGUAAGAUAAUGUCACAAUCAAGUAUCAUGAAUAUAAUUAAAUGGUGUUAAAAUGUAGUAAGACACCUGUGAUUUCCAAUCAUACAUUUUGUCAGCAUCAUGCAUCCUCCACUUAUCUGUGUUUAAUACUCAGACUUUUACUUAAUAGUUAUCAGUUUAUCUUAUUAGUCAAAUGUUAUGUCAUUCGUUUAAGACAUGUACAAACUGAUAACUAAUAAAAUUGUACAUGUCAUAUUAGAAGUAAAUGUGUUGUGGUUGUUUAUGAUAGAGCUCAAAAUGGUUUGUAAAUACUGUAACAGGAAAGGGACUAGUGUGCUCCCACCGAGAUCGAACCUGCAAUCCCUAGGCUCCUAUUCGGAUGAUCUCCACUGAGCUAAGGAAAAUUCCCUCUUGUUCGAAGCUAGAAGGCCAUCGCAAUCCUAUAUACAAUUAAAAUCUGCCACAAUACUAUAAUAUUGACAAAGUUGUUCAGAUAAAGGAACAUUGUACUUGUAGGAUCACGUAAUAACUCAAAAGACAUCACUGAUUGGCUUGAAAAUCUUUAUUAAUAAAAACAGAAAUAAAUACAAGACAUGGAUAUUUACAAUAUUUUAUUCUUGAAUUGAUACAAUCAUUAUGAACUGACUUUACAGAGUUUGAUAACAAGUCAUGGAUUUCAUGUUUGGUCAACUUGGCUGAGUAAUUAUGUUAGCAAAUAAAGACAUUUAUAUAUCAAGGAAAUGUCCGCCUUGGGUACAUUAUGUCCUUUUCUAUCCGUUCUUCUUAUGUGAAAAGUGUUAAAGAAGGACUCGAAAUUGAUAAAAAAAA